CCCGCGCCGGCCGGCUGACCUCCGGCCCUUCCUCCGCCAGCGGGAAGCGCCGACCGCCUCCGCAUAGGUUUUGGCAGUCAGCUGAGGGAAAGGGGAAAAAGAGAAGAACGGCGAGCUGCAGUCCCUUCAACCCCGGCGGAUGUGCGCUUCCCUGCUGGGGUUCUAGAGAAUUUAAGGCAGUCCUGGAAUCUGUGAGAGGAUCUCCUUUCCCUCCCGGAGCGCGGGUCCUGGCGGGUACUUCCGGUGUGGAGCUUCGCGCUCAGCUGAGGGGUAUUUCAGCCAUCCAAAAACAACUUCACAUUUAUAUAAUGUAACAGAAAAGCUCUGAAAACAUUAAGCAAAUAAAAGUGUGGAGCCUAUUAAAGAAGAUGAACGUCUCUGGAAGUGGCUGUGGAAGCCCUAGUUCUGCAGAUAUAUCUAAUGAUUUUAAGGAACUUUGGACCAAGCUGAAAGAGUAUCAUGAUAAAGAAGUGCAAGGUUUACAAGUAAAAAUAUCCAAACUGAAAAAGGAACGCAUUUUAGAUGCACAAAGACUGGAAGAGUUCUUCACCAAAAAUCAACAAUUGAGAGAGCAACAGAAAGUCCUUCAAGAAACCAUUAAAGUUUUAGAAGAUCGAUUACGAGCAGGAUUAUGUGAUCGCUGUGCAGUAACUGAAGAACAUAUGCGGAAAAAGCAGCAAGAGUUUGAAAAUAUCCGACAGCAGAAUCUUAAGCUUAUUACAGAGCUUAUGAAUGAAAAGAAUGCUCUUCAGGAAGAAAAUAAAAAGCUUUCUGAACAACUGCAGAAGAUACUUGAGAGGGAUAAGCAGCAUCAAGCAGCUGAGCUUGAAUGUGAGGAAAAUGUUAUUCCAGAUUCACCAAUAACAGCCUUUUCAUUUUCUGGCAUUAACCGGCUACGAAGGAAGGAGAAUCUCCAUGUCCGAUAUGUAGAAAAAACAAAUAAUAAAUUGGAGCAUUCUGUGUGUACAAGUGAAUUAAGAAAAGUUUCCAAGGCUUCAACUCAUUCACAACGUAGCCCUAACGAAAAGGAAAUUCUAGUUGCUGACACUUGUGAUCAAAAUGAAGCUCCAGUGACUAAAAUACAUGGGACAAGAAGUUGCCCCACUGAUAAGUCAUCUUUUAAUUUAGCUACAGUUGUUGCUGAAACACUUGGACUUGAUGUUCAAGAGGAAUCUGAAUCUCAGAGUCCCAUGAGCCCUCUUGGUGAUGAGCUAUACCACUCUCUGGAAGGAGUUCACAAGAAACAGCCUUUUGAGGAAUCCGUGAGAAAUGCUAAAGAUAGUUUAAGAUUUUCAGAUUCUUCUUCAAAGACUCCUCCUCAAGAAGAAUUGGUUCCUAGGGUGUCAUCUCCUGUAUUUGUACCUACAUCUACUAUGAAAAGUAGUUUGGGUUUGAAUACAAGUUUGUCCCCUUCUCUUUUGGACACUGGGAAACAAAGCCAUCUCAAAGCAGCCCCUUUCAGCAGCACUUCUAUUUCUAGAUCAGAGAAAACUAGAUCAAAAUCUGAAGAUAGUGUCCUUUUCACACAUCAUAGUCUUGGGUCUGAAUUGAACAAGGCCAUUAGCCAGUCAUCUUCUAGUAAGCAGAUUCUUAAAAAUAUAAGUGAAUCCAUAAAUGAACAGGAUAUUACUCUUCACAUUAAAGAGGCUGUUAUGGAUAAACAUAUAGUGUCUCUGAAAUCAUCGGGAGGCAGGACAUCCAAAAGGAAGAAAACUGAGGAAGAAAACGAACAUGAAGUAUGCUGCCCCCAAGCCUCUUUUGAUAAAGAAAAUUCUCUUCCUUUUCCAAUGGAUAGUCACUUCUCCAUGAAUGGGGACCAUAUUAUGGAUAAACCUCUUGAUCUGUCUGAUCGGUUUUCAGCUAUUCAGCGUCUAGAGAAAAGACAAGGAAUUGAGACUUCCAAAAACAAAUUCAAGCAAGUGACUCUUUAUGAAGCUUUUAAGCCCAUCCCAAAAGGCUCUUCCUCAAGCUGUAAGGCCUUGGAUGGGGGCUGCAUGGUACCCAAAGAUUCCCCAGAGGAAUCCUGUCUUCAGGAGUGUGUACACCAUCCUUCACAUAAAUCCCCUCCAUACAGUAAAACACCAUUACCUAUAAAAGAAGAAAAUUCCAUCUUCAAGAUCCCUCUACAUCCACAUGAAAGUUUGGCGACAGAGAAUCUUUUUGAUGAUACAAAGGGUGCUAGUUCUAAUGAGCCAAAAAAAGUAAAAGCCAGGUCACUUCACGGAGGAUGUGAACUUGCAUCAGUUCUUCAGUUAAAUCCCUGCAGAAUUACCAAAACAAAGUCUAACAACAACCAAGAUGCAUCCUUUGAAAAUAUCCAGUGGAGUGUAGAUCCAGGAGCAGACCUUUCUCAGUAUAAAAUGGAUAUUACUGUAAUAGAUACAAAGGAUGGAAGUCAGUCAAAAUUAGGAGGAGAGACAGUAGACAUGGACUGUACACUUGUCAGUGAAAGCUUGCUUUUAAAGAUGAAGAAGCAAGGCCAAAAAGGAGAAAAAAGUCCAAAUAGAGAAAGAAAGAUGAAUGAUAGCUUGGAAGAUUUGUUUGACCGGACGAUACAUGAAGAAUAUGAAUCCUGUUUGGCAGACAGUUUCCCCCAGGUGGUAAAUGAAUUGGAGGAAUUAUCUGCUGCCACAAGGAAACCAAAUGCACACAAUGAUAAACAAGAUAAAGUCAAGCAGAAAGCAUUUGUGGAGCCAUAUUUUAAAGAUAAUGAGAGAGAAACUAGCUUACGAAAUUUUCCUCAUAUUGAGGUGGUUCGGAAAAAAGAAGAAAGAAGAAAACUGCUUGGGCACACAUGUAAGGAAUGUGAAAUUUAUUAUGCGGGUAUGCCAGCCGAAGAAAGAGAAAAGAAGUUGGCUUCCUGCUCAAGACACCGAUUUCGCUACAUUCCACCCAACACACCAGAGAAUUUCUGGGAAGUUGGUUUUCCUUCCACUCAGACUUGUAUGGAAAGAGGUUACAUUAAGGAAGAUGUUGAUCUUUGUCCUCGUCCAAAACGACGGCAGCCUUACAACGCAAUGUUUUCUCCAAAAGGCAAGGAGCAGAAGAUAUAGAGGCUGAAGCAGAAACAGGGCAGAGGGCACUUUUUUCCCUUUUAGUUAUUUAUAGUUAGUUGGUAUUAAACAUUGAUGUUUUUUGAUCUUCUGUAAAUUGACCUACAAAUCAGUUUUUCUAUUAAAAAUGUUUUUAAAUAGCAUUUACCUAACACAAAUGACUAUUUAAAA